AUGGAAAACGAGAUCCCAUUAUCUUCAAAAUUGGAAGAAGCACUCCGCUACCUUCUAAAAUCUCAACCAACAAAACAAUCCGUCUGUGAAUGCGGCGCCCAUCAUCAAGGUCCAGAAUGGAUCUUUGAAACAGAUACAUGGUCGCAACUACAAGCUCUCCGGAAAACACUCUGCCAGCGACCUGCAGUUCCCAAUCUUCCGACAGACAUACUCGCGCACAUCGAAGCUGUAAUCAAAUACAACAACCAACACAAGUUACUCACAUCAACAACCGCAAUCAGUCCCGAAGUGACAAUCCGGUCUCAAGCUCCAAAUAGCAGUCCUCUCCGCAUUUCCUACUGGAAAGGAGAUAUCACUUCUCUAACAGAUGUCACGGUGAUCGUCAACGCAGCCAAUGCCCAGCUCGAGGGCUGCUUCCGACCCGAACACCAAUGUAUCGAUAAUGUCAUCCAUUCGGCUGCUGGACCACGUCUACGGGAUGCGUGCCAUACCCUCAUGAAAGCGCAAGGACAUUUAGAGCCAGUCGGCUCGGCAAAGGUCACACCGGGAUUUCUUCUUCCUGCAGAUUGGGUUUUACAUACAGUUGGACCGCAGCUGGGUUGUUCAGAAAACCCAACAGCAAAGCACAAAGCUCAACUAGCUUCGUGCUAUCGAGCCUGCCUAGAUGCUGCAGACUCUUUACCUCCUCUCGUGGACGGACGUAAAGUCAUCGCAUUCUGCUGUAUCUCCACAGGUCUUUUUGCGUUCCCUUCUGCUCUUGCAGCGAACAUCGCCGUGGAAACUGUCGUGUCCUGGUACCAGGAACAUAGCACUACAUCCAUAACAGACAUUGUUUUCGACACGUUUCUCGAGAAAGACGAAAUUCUUUACCGGGAUAUACUUUUGGGAUUGAAGGAGAGCAGAUCUCAUCUCAUCUACUCGCCAUCCAGCUCACUCUCCCAACCUCAUUUCGUCCUGAGCCCAUCCAUUCAGAAAGCCCGGGCAUGGCUUGAAGACGCCUCAUCGCUCAUCAUAACCGCCGGCGCAGGUCUCUCAGCCACAACAGGCCUGGACUAUAACUCAACGACCCUCUUCGAUACCCAUUUUCCUGCCUUCAAAGCAAAAGGUCUACGCAGGUUAUACGACGUAUUCGGGUACAGUGGCUGGGACAGUCCAGCCCAGAAAUGGGGUUAUUUCUUCACGCAUAUGGAUAUCGUCCGUCGAUGGCCUGUUUCACCCUUUUAUGGACUCCUCCGUGAUCUAGCGGCCCGGUUCGAUGAUGGGAGGUAUCAUAUUCGUACGACGAAUGCCGAUGGGUUCUUUAUCAAGAAUGGGUUUCCGGCUCAACGAAUCUCGACGCCGCAGGGCCAGUAUAAGUACUUGCAGUGUUAUGGGAAGUGUAGGGUUGAUGCAGUCUUUCUUUCUGGGCCUUUUAUUGAUGCGGCUUUGCCAUUUAUUGAUCCUGUUUCGCAGGUUCUUACUGAUGAGGCGUUGCUGCCGAGGUGUAGGUUUUGUGGUGAGGAGUUGACGCUUUGUGUGCGUGGAGGUAAUUAUUUUAAUUCUGGGCCUUUCAGGGGGCAGGAGAGGGUUUACCAGAGGUUCGUGGAGGAGCUGGAUAACGGGGAUGGUGGGCAGGAUGGAGGGACUGUUAUUUUGGAGUUGGGGGUUGGUUUGAACACGCCUGGUGUGUUGCGGUGGCCGAAUGAGGAUUUGGUAUCUAAAUCGUCGAAUCGACAGUUUCGAUUGAUUCGUGUUGGGAUGGAGGCUUCUGGGUGUGUGCCUUGGGAUUUCGAAGAAGAAGAUUUGGCCGUUGGGAUAACAGCAGACAUUGGGGUUGCUUUGGAGUUAUUGUCGUAG